GACGAGGAGUCCAGUGGUUCCUCUCCCAGCUCUCCCCAAAUCGUCGCACGUCGCGGCAAGUUUGACGACGAGGAGGAGGACGGCGAUGUCCUUGAUUCCUGGGAUGCCGCUGAAGACUCGGAAGUCGAGAGAGAAAAGGCAAAGAAGGCCGCAGAAGCAAAGGCCAAGGCCGAAGAGGAGGCAAAGAAGAACCACAAGUCCAAGAGUCAGAGAAUAGAGGAGAGAAGGCAAGAGAACAUGCGCAAGAGAAUGGAAGAUCUUGAUUUCGACAGCGAUGACGACGAGGACGAGGCCGAGCGCAAGGCUAGACUGCGCAGAGAGCAGAAGGAGUCCGACCUUAAGCACGCCGAGGAUCUUUUUGAGGGUAUCGGUGUCCCUGCCACCCGUAGCAACCCCAAGGCCAUCACUGUCGCCGACGAGAAGCAGCCCGGCAACGCCAUCGAUCUCUCAGCCAUGCCUUUGUUCAACCCUACUACCAAAGACCAGUUCGCCAAGCUCCGCGAGAUUCUUGCUCCUCUUCUGGUGUCAAACGUUAAGAAGGCUCAGUACACCAUUUUCAUGCAGGAGUUUGCCAAGGACAUUGUCAAGGAACUCCCCAGCGACCAGAUUAAGAAAAUUGCCAGUGGUUUGACCACUCUCUCCAACGAGAAGAUGAGAGAAGAGAAGAAGCCGCAAAGGGAGGCAAGAAGUCCAAAGCCGCAAAGACCAAGACCACUCUUGCAGGUGCCAGAAACCUUGAGACUGACACAACUGCCUACGAUGACGGUCUCGAUGAGUAAGUUAAUCGAAAUGCCCUACAAAUGCAUGGCAAAGUAC